AUGACCAAUAUUCCCGAGACUUCGACCCUUUCGCAUGACGUCAUCGAUAAGGAACAAGCCGCGCAGACGGUUCAGAGAAUAUAUCGUGGUUAUCGAACGCGACGUGAGCUGCGCGGACUUGGUUUGGCUGCUUCCACUCGAUGGAUUGAGGCCUUCCGAGAAGCCCAGUGGCACCAACUGCAUCGACCUCCGGAGCCUCGCGUGUCACCUAGCACUGAUGGCUUCAACCAAGCUCGUCGAAACUGGCAACGGGCGAUUAGUGUCGCGAGGCGCGUCGGCGGCGACGAUCAUGUUUCGGAAGUUUCACCUUCCACCGGAACUCGAUCAGAAUAUAACACAGAGAUCGAAUCGGGGACUACGGCGAAGAUGAUGGAUCUUCAAUACUUUCUCGAAAUGGUCGAUCUCAAACAUCGACAUGGAAGCAAUCUGCGCUCGUACCACAUGUAUUGGCGGAAUUCAUCGUCAAAAGAAAACUUCUUCUAUUGGCUGGACUAUGGCGAAGGAAAAAAUGUUGAGCUGCCGCAAUGUCCACGAGACAGACUCGAGAAAGAACAGGUCCGUUAUCUCACUCGCGAAGAACGUUUGAAUUACUUGGUGAUGGUAGACGAGACUGGGCUCUUCCGCUGGGCCAAAAACAAUGAGCCAGUGUGGACGAAUACUGCACGUUUCAAAGAUAGUCUCCAGGGGAUUGUCGGAAUCGAAGAUGAUGUGUCUCAAUUCAGGGGAAACUCCACGAUCCUAAAACCAGAUUCCACCUGGGAUUUGUCACUAUCAACAUCAUCAUGUUCAUCAUAUUCAUCAUCAACAUCAACAUCUGCAAGACAGAGCCUUGACAAUGUCUUCUCAAAUCAUGACCCGACGCAUUUCGCCGAUGACGAGUACGAAGCUGGGAAGAUGAUGAAAAAGGUGGUACACGCAAGUCCCGCUGCUACAUUUAAGCGACUUUUGGGCAAACCGUCACAGAAAGAAGAUAUGUGGCUAUUUGUUGCAGAUACCUCUUUUCGUUUGUACGUUGGCAUAAAAAAAUCAGGUGCGUUUCAGCAUUCAUCUUUUCUUCGAGGCGCCCGUAUCGCAGCAGCUGGAAUGAUUAAGAUCAAGCACGGCCAACUUCGCAGCCUGGCGCCACUCAGUGGUCAUUAUCGCCCUCCAGCUGCCAAUUUUAGAGCAUUCCAUCACGCUCUACAGCAACAAGGCGUCGAUAUGUCCCAUGUUUCGAUGAGCAAGUCUUAUAUCGUGCUCGCCGGAAUUGAAGGUUACUCCAAAACAAAACGAAAGGCACAUGCUGUACAUGAGAAGGUCGACACUUCCAAGCAAAUGUUGCAUCAAUCCCGAUAG